AUGUCUUCGUCCCUUACCCUCAGCAGUUCAGACUUGACGAAAGAAGGAGAAGAAGAGUCUCCUUGGCUGGUUGGAACGAUCGUGGAAGGCACCAACGACUCGAUUGAAUGGAAUUGGUUGCCACCUCAAAAUGCUCUCUAUUUUGCGCAAUCCGCAACCACCACGGCCCACAUUGUGUGGAAUAGCGAAGGCGUCAUGGAACAUGUCUGCAGUGCUUCCUCCAACACGGACACGGCUGCAAUCAUGAAAGCCUACCAACAAGAAUUUGGCGCCAUGCAAAAGAGCGACAGCAGCAUGAGCUCUACCAUGACCGUCAUUGACCGCACGCAAGUCAAUGAGGAAGUGGAACAAGGCAUGCUGCCUGCCGUGGCUCCUUAUGCCUCCCAAACCACACAAUAUGCGCUUGUCAAAAUCAUGGAAAUGAUCUUUUAUCGACAAUCCGUUUCUUUUUUUGCGGCCGCGCCACUCCGCAUGACAUCCAUCUAUCACUUUGAUACCGAUGAAAAUGUCGUUGCCCUGACGUUUGACGAUGCCCCCUGUCGGUUUCCCACACGGGCCAAUUCCUGCAUGACACAGGUACUGGACCUGCUCCACAAAUAUGGCAAUGCCAAGGCUACCUUUAUGAUUGUCGAUUCGUUUGCCCGGCAAAAAGAACACGAACCAGAUCUGAUACGGGCAUUGCAAGAAGGCCACGAGUUUGCCAAUCACGGUCUGAAAGACGAAAGCUUCAAGAAUUGUACACCCCAAGAGUUCUCUCACGCCGUGGACAAGUGCAAUGCCACCAUCAAAGAGUUGCAAUCCAAAGCCAAUCUACCAAACGAUUCAAAAGAAGUAGCAGUUCCCUACUUUCGGGCACCUCACGCCUACUACACCAAAGAAAUGGAAAUUGUACUCCAGAGCAAGGGCAUGCGCAAUGUCAUGUGCGAUAGCUAUGGAAGUUGUCCCAUUGUACAAGAUUCCAAUGCCAUUGCGGACCUGCUGUUACGGCAAGCCAAGGCGGGGUCCAUUCUUCUCAUUCACAUGCCCGAGCGAGGGUUUCGUGGUUGGACAUUGCCAGCGAUUGAAAUGGUCUUGCAGGGUUUGCAGAAACGAGGCACCAAGGUGGUCACAUUGUCGCAGCUGCAAGAGAUUUCCAAAAAGAAUCCAGCAACCAUGUUGGGCCAAUUCAAUCAAAUGAAGCUUUUCUGA